AUGGUGGGGAAGGCGAAGCGAGAGAGGGAAACCGCGGAAAUCCCCGUGGUCCACGAUACUUUGAAGAAACAGUGUGUACAAGGUAUCGUCGACAGUGUAGAUGCACAACCGAAGCCGCUUACAGCGUGUCAACAGAUGCGCGAGCUACUGAAAUCAGGCAGCCUACCGAAACGAAAGCCAGUCCUCACAACACUUGCAGGUAUGUGGCUCUGA